UGUGGAUAAAAUCAAGUGUCAAUCACAGGUUAAGGGAAAAAAGUAUUUAAAGAGAAAUUGAGUGAACUUUGUACCAAAGAAGUCUAAAAUGGAUGUUGUUUGUGGUCCUUUAUUACGAUACAUAGAGAUUGACUAUACUAAGCGAAUUUGGUAUGGUUCUUGUCUUCUUGUUGUCAAUUCAUGUCAACCUCCUACUUUGUCUAUAUCCAUUAUUCCAUGCGAACCCAUUCAAAUUGACAUGUUGGAUAAUUUUUGCAAUACAUAUUACUUUUGGCGAUAUAAACUAGCCUUGCCUUUAUUAAACAGACCUCAAUGUGUUUCUUAUACAAGUCAUUGUCUAGACAGAACAUUUCAAUUCCAUCUACCGGCUAUUCAAGACUCAAUGCGGUUCAUGUUUUAUUCUUGUAAUGGCUUCUCCAAUGUUCCAGAAACUGUUCGAGAAAGAUACAAUGAGAAAGAAGCUCCACUUUGGCAAGAUGUGUUGGAUAAGCACCAACAGUCUCCCUUUAAUGUCUUGCUAGGAGGUGGCGAUCAAUUGUAUCAAGACGAUCUGAUUUCUAAAGAUUUUAUGAAGCCUUGGGUACUCGAAAAAGAUCCAACAAAACGUAUCUCAAUGCAAUUGUCCGAGAACAUGAAAAAUGCACUUGAAAACUAUUACUUCUGGAACUAUAUCAAACAUUUUGGGUGUGCUGCAAGCCCUGCACAAACGUUGGUCUUUGCAACCAUUCCUUCGGUCAAUAUGUGGGAUGAUCAUGACAUUAUUGAUGGCUAUGGCUCAUAUCCAGCUGAUCUUCAGUCAUCAGACUGCUUUCAAGUUUUGUUUGCCAAUGGAGCACGUUUCUAUUAUCUGUUCCAACAGCAUACAACCAUUGAAGAGACACAUGGCAUGAUCAAAGGCGAGCUGGCCACCUGCAACCAUAUUGUCACUACAUUGGGUUCAUCCAUUGGGUUCUUGGCACUUGAUGCUCGUGGUGAACGUACUAAAUAUCAAAUAUGUACUCAAGCAUCUUAUGAUGCUGUAUUUAAAGCCAUCAAUGAAUUACCACCUACUGUCAAACAUUUGAUAGUCUUGACUGGUGUGCCUCUUAUCUAUCCUCGCUUGACCUUGUUCGAGAAAGCCAUGGAAGCUAUUGCUCAUUUGAAUUUAGCAACAUUGGUUGGAAGAAUAGGGACAUUGGGAUGCAUUAUUACUCAAUUUUUGAACAGUUGGAAUGGCGAUCCUGAGCUACUAGACGAUGUGAAUGAUCAUUGGACAUCAACCAACCAUGAAGGUGAAAGAAGGCAUUUUAUAGAAAGAUUACAAUCUUUUGCACAAAAUACAUCUAUUCGUGUCUCUUUCUUUGGUGGAGAUGUUCAUUGUUGCUGUACUGGGCGAUUGUAUUCAAACAACACUCUACCAGAAAAGGAUCCUAACUUUAUGAUCCAAAUUAUAUCCAGUGCUAUUGUCAAUAUACCCCCUCCUCAGAUACUAUUGAGUAUUUUAGAUCAGUAUUAUGUGCCUAUUGCUUUUAGCCAAGAUGUGACUGAAGACAUAUACGACCUGUUUGACACAACACCGGAGGGACAACAUACAAUCAACAAGAAAUUAAUGGGCUCACGCAAUUACUGUAUAGGUAGCUAUGAUCAAGCCAUGGACGCCAUCAUAAUUGAGUUGCAUGUAGAAAUUAUUCCAGGAACAAAAGGUACCAAAAGAUAUGCUAUUCAUAUACCAGAACUGGCACUCAAAGAUAAGGCUCAUAACCAAAAACAAAUGCUUGAUUCUAAAAACAAUUUAAUGAAAGAAGAGGACCGAGUCAAGACAAGAAAGAAGCAUUUCUCGGUGCGCAACCUGAUCUGCUUUUAAUUAAUAAGGCGCAUAAUGUGUUACACUAAUCCUGUGGUGUCACAAUCAUAAGCAAGAAAAGACAAAUAUUCUACAGAAAAUAUAAUUAUCAAAUAGCAUAUAUCAUUAGAGUUGUCUUUUCUUAGCCAUAUAGUCAAAUUAAUAAAAAAGAAAAUGGAGG